AACCGACUUUCAGACCGUCAUUGACGCUUCACAUGCAUGCGGACUGAGCGUCAACAUGUCUAAGUGCGAGAUUUUUGUCAGCGGAGGCACAGCGGAAGAACAAGAAGCAGCUAUCAAAACUUUCUUGGGUCUUUUCCCAACUGUAUCAGUCGCUGUGGCGGAAGAUUUGUGCUUGUUGGGUGCACCACUGAUGAAAUGCGGCAUCAAGUCAGCAGUACAGCAGAAAACGGAAGUUAUGCGUCUAAUAGCCAGUCGUCUGGAAUUAAUACCCAAACAUCAAGCGUUUUCCCUUCUAAAGUGCAGUCUCAGCGCGCCAAAGGUCAUUCACCUUUUGCGUUGUUGCCCAUCUUUCGAGGCUCGGGAUAGCCUCUGCGAGUUCGACGAAGUCUUAAGAGUGUCGCUGGAAUCAAUCUGUAAUGUUCGUUUGGACACAACCGCGUGGCGUCAAGCUUCACUGCCAGUGCGCUGUGGUGGUCUCGGUAUCCGACGGGUAGAAGAAUUAUCUUUGCCGGCUUAUCUAGCCUCGAUUCACGCUACCCAAGGUCUGGUUUCCCGACUACUGCCGCACCAAGGAGGAGUUAAUGUGUCAGAUCACGUUGCCCUUUGGAGGUACCUCUCCGACGACGCAUCGCCUCCGUUGCCAGAAAGCCGAAAUUCCCAACGCGCAUGGGACACACCAUACUGUAUGGCCGAACAGGCAACUCUGCUGCACGAGGCUGUAGAUCCCACCACUAAAGCCCGACUACUGGCUUCCGCAACCCCAGAAUCAGGCUAUUGGACGCACGCACUUCCCUCGUCCUCAAUUGGCAACCUCCUAGAUGACGAGUCGUUUCGGAUCGCCGUCGCAAUUAGACUUGGCGCACCAGCGUCAUCCGAUCACCGGUGCAGGUGCGGAAGUGAUGUCACCGCGGAUGGCCAUCAUGGUUUAAGUUGCAAGUUUUCGGCGGGUAGACGGCCUAGACACGACUGCAUCAACGAUAUCUUGCGCCGGGCACUGGGUUCGGCAGGCAUCCCCGCUCGAACGGAACCAAGAGGCAUGCACCAUGAAAACGGAACGGGCCCUGACGGAAUCACCACCUUUCCAUGGACAAGGGGACUCUGUCUGGCAUGGGACGUAACAGUUGUUGAUACGGUCGCCCGUUCUUAUUUGGAACACACAAGCGUGAAGGCCGGAGCGGCAGCGGAUCAGGCUGAAGCUGAGAAAGUAUUGAAAUACAGCUUCCUGACAGGACGAUACGAGUUUGCCGCUGUCGGCUUCGAGACAUUCGGUAGUUUUGGUACAUCUGCCAAGCCAUUUGUUAAUGAGAUUGGGAAGAGAAUUUCGCUACAAACCGGCGAAAUUCGCAGCCUCGAGUAUUUAAAACAGAAUAUUUCUUUGGCAAUUCAAAGGGGUAACGCUGCUUCUAUAAUUGGUACUGUUGAAAACGUUGUUUCUUUUAAUCGCAAAUAGACCUUGAUAUUG